AUGCCGUCCUUGACCCUGCCUCCAGUUCCCCGUUAUGUUCCUCCUGCAGUUACUAAGGAGUCACUGGAAUAUGCCGACCUUGCCUUCAUCGACCUAUCUAAAAUGGACACACCUGAGGGUCGCGCUGAACUCACAGCCGAAAACGAGCGGAUGUUCGACAUCGGCGAUGUGCCCUUCUCUCAAGUGUCAGAGGAGGAGAAACUGGCUUACCAAGGAAACGUCAAAGAAACGGGCUCGUACCUCGGAUACAAACUGCGGCAGUAUUGGGUUGACGCGGAUGUCGCAGACCAGAUUGAACAUUACAACAUCCAUCGUGAUGUCAAUAAGAAACAGCAUCCGAAGGCUGUACGGCCUUUCCUCCCCGAACUUAGUAAAUUCGCUCGUUUCAAUCACUUCAAUGUUCUGCACCCCCUCCUUCGCCUGAUGGCAGCUGGCAUGGAGCUGCCAGAAGAUACAUUCACGAAUAUAUUUGGCUAUUUAGCGGAAGGUGAAACGUGGCUGCGAUCUAUGAAAUAUUUCCCUCGCUCCGAGGCGGACGAGGCGAAGGCGAAGAAUGUCUGGCUGAAGGGUCAUACAGGUGACGAGACCUCGCAUAUCGCUGGUGUACAUCUGUCACUGACUGCCACGGUAGACUACGUGGGCUUGACCCUUCUAUGGAGCCAACCCAUUUCUGCGUUGCAAAUCCUUUGCCACGAUGGGCAGUGGCGAUGGGUCAAGCACGUGGAGAACGCUAUAGUUGUCAAUGCUGGCGAGGCCAUGGAGUUCCUCUCCGGAGGAUACUACAAGGGGACUAUUCAUCGCGUCGUCCAGCCUCCCGAGGAUCAACGGGGCUACUCUCGUCUCGGCCUGAUUUACUUCACCCUUCCAGAUGACGAUGUCAAGCUAGUCCCUUUCUCCAAAAGCCCCGUGCUGCAAAGAGAGGGCAUCAAGCGACGCUUCGAAGAUGCUGAAGCGCCUACGAUGCGGGAAUGGAGGAAGGGACGCGCGAGCAGAUUCCUCAGAUCGAAGUUGCAAAAAGACGAAAAUGGGAUCGAAAAGGAUAUCAUCAAUGGCAUCACAGUAAAAUUCUACAACUGA